UGCCAGUGGACGGGAGGUCGCCGCCAUGAAUCCGUCAGGAAGCAUUGGGGUCCUAGACCAGGGGGAUGGGGACGAACAUACAUCCAACACCCCGAUUCUUGGGCCCUCCGUGAAUUCGGAAAACCCGCAGGAGCGCAUCUUGGCAAGGCGCCUGCGCAUCGCUGCCCGCUUGGAAGCCCGAAGGCGAGAAGCCCUGGGAGAGUAUUUAGAUGGAAAGAAGGAGAGUGAGGAAGAGCAAAGCAGGAGCUACAAACAGAAAGAAGAGAGCAGAUUGAAACUGACUAAAUUGUUGCUUUGUGGUACCGAGUUGGUGACAAAUAUCCAGGUGGCCACAGACAUCAGAGAGAUCCGUAGGAGGGUUGAAGAAGAAGAGAUAAAGCGCCAGAGACUGGAGAAGUUGGAGAAUGAAGUCAAGACCAGCCAGGACAAAUACGAGGAGAUCUCGGCGAAGUGGGAUGAUAGCAAACAGAAGCGGAUUCCCCAGCAGCUGUGGGAGUUGCUCACGUCCCAGCAGCUGCACUGUGCUGGGCUCAUAGAAGACAAGAACAAGCUGAUCAGCGACCUGUUGCAGGAGCUAAAAAUAAAAGAUGACCAGUACGUAAAGGACCUGAAGAAACAGUCAGAUGAUAUCAGCCUGCUUCUGGAGAGGAUGGAGGAGCAAGUGAAAAACGUGACAAAGAACUUCCGCCAGGAGCUCUUUCUCAUUGAGAAAGCCUUUGAGUUAGAACGGCAAGAGCUGCUGAACAGUAAUAAGAAGAAAUGGGAGCGAGCACUUCAGGCUCACAAUGCCAAGGAGUUGGAAUACCUCAUCAGCCGCAUGAAGAGAGUGGAGGAGUACGAGAAGCAGCUCAACAAACAGCGGGCCUGGGACUGCGAGGAGUACAACACCAUCAAGAUCAAGCUGGAGCGGGACGUGCAGAUUCUUGAGCAACAACUUCAGCAGAUGAAGGCAACUUACCAGCUAAACCAAGAGAAGUUGGAGUACAACUUCCAGGUGCUGAAGAAGAGAGAUGAAGAGAGCACAGUGAUCAAGUCCCAGCAGAAGAGGAAACUCAACCGCCUACACGAUAUCCUGAACAACCAGAGAACCAAAUACGCCAAGCAGAUAAAGCAGUUUCAGGAGGAGAACCAGAGUCUGAUCGCAGACUACAAACGGCUCGUGACGCAGUUCCAGGACCUACAGAAAGCCAUGAGACACUUCGCCAUUAUCGAUGAGGAGAAGUUUCGAGAGAUCUGGUUGAUGAAUGAAGAGGAGGCGAAGGCGCUGGCGCAAAGAGCCUUUGAUGUGGACAAUGUCAUUCAUUCCCAGCACCUGGGGCUGCCCUGGAAGAUGCCCGACUACUGGUUCCUGAAGAACGUGGGGCCAAUUUUCUUUCAGCAGCAGAAGUCAGCCACACAAAUCCUAGAAGAGCUGCUGCUGCAGACAGAAGAGGAGGGGGCAGAAGCGGGCCUGCCAGAAGACGAUAGUUAUCUGGACCUGCCGCAGCAAGUUUCACCAAAAACCACCAAAAGGAUCCUGAUGCUCCUGUGUGACGAAUCGGGUUUCCUCAUAGAGAGCAAACUGCUGAGCCUGCUUCUCCCCCUGGAGAAGAACGAAUGCUAUCUGCUGAGGUUGGACGCCAUCUUCUCUGCUCUGGGAAUUGAAAGUGAAGAUGACUUGUACAAGUUGGUGAACUUCUUCAUUCGAUAUCGAAUCCAUCAUUUAUCCUCUUCCCAGUACAGCACCAUGUCAUCAUCAUCAGCUCAACACGUCAACACGGAAAACACAAGCCUGAUGUCAGAGCUGGAGCAAAUGAGCUUGCCCCAGUUGAACAAGAGGAGCUUCGUGUCCAAAUCAGAGUCGGAGUCCUUAGAACGGGAGACCCUGCAGGGAAGUGAUGACCAGAGCCUUGUGAUCAAGGAAAAGGAGUUCCUAUUUUCAUCCAGGUUCAUCCACCCCAAUGACGUCCUCAAGAUUCUGGAGGCCUUUGUCAUGGGGCUGAAGAAGCCCACGGAUUUCCGGCCAGUACUAAAAAUGAAGAAAGAUACUCGAGAUAACUCAAAGGACACGGAGUAUUGGGAAUGCCUGGCCAUGGCUAUCCCUUUCUCCAAGCAGAACCUCUGGGACGCGCUGUACAAGGCCUUGGAGAAAUACCACUUUGUGCUCACCCAGAGGGCCAAGCUGCUGAUGGAGACUGAGUCCCUGGAGCAGCAGAACGCAGAGAUGCAGUCCCUCCUGCAGCAGUACCUCCAGGCCAAGGUAAAUACUGAGCUGCAGGUUCCUCCAACUCAGAGCUUCCGGAUGCCCACAAAAUAGAGACUAUCUGCAAAGCCUGGCGUUACAGGGCCUGCACUGACCCCCGAGAGCCUGGGACCACCCAUUUUUUUUUCUCCUCAGCUAUAUCUAUCUGCCAAAAUAAGGCAGCGAUGGUUCCCGAAGUUCUAAUAAAGGUUUUGAAAGCUGAG